AUGAAGCCCCCAUUUGGAUGCGCUACGCAUUACACGAGUGCGAGGACUAAAUUCUUUUUAAUCAAAAGCUCGUCAGACAAAAAUAUCUCCAUUUCGCUAAACUUUAACAUUUGGGCCACCACUCCAAAAAAUGAACAAAAAUUUGUUUCCGCGUUUAUGGAUAACGACUACGUCAUACUGAUCUUCUCCGUCAAUGGGAGCUCCAAGUUUUGCGGCUACGCCGUCAUGCAGUCGAUGCCGGGCGAAUCCCAAAACAGCAAUGUCUACUUCUACUAUGAUGACAAAAUAUUUCGAGGGCGGAACUUUGACAUUCAGUGGAUUCGAGUCGUCGACGUGUCCUUUCAAGAAGUGUCUCACUUAAAAAACAGCUUGAACGAAAAUAAGCCAAUCAAAGUUGGACGUGAUGGACAGGAAAUUGAACGAAUGGCCGGCAUAAAACUGUGCGAGGUGUUCGAAGCGAAAUACCUGAGCAUGGCUUCUUCCGCGGACCAAGCUGCGCAAGAGGAGAUACAAUCGAACCAGGCGAACCAGGCAAACCAGGCGAACCAGGCAAACCAGGCGAACCAGGCGAACCAAGCAAACCGGGCGAACCAAGCAAACCAGGCAAACCGGGCGAACCAGUCUAAACAGACUAGUAGCACAACGUACGAGACAAGCACGAACCUCCUAGCGAGCAGCCCGCGCGGGGCGGAGAAAAGGGACUGCGUGAAACUCUUCCCCCUGGGUAACACCUUAAACAUAAACUACAGCACCUUCAAAAGGAUCUAUGCCGAGUCGCAGUUCAACUUGGUCAACAUAUACAACCCCGCACUGCACGUCUUCCCGAUCGAUCUCACCAACAUGAGUUACGACGAGUACAUCGACUUAUAUGAGGCGACGCAGCAGGUGUGGCAGCGGAAGAUGCUGCAGUUGCGGUAUGGCUGA